GGACAUAUAACAGUGAGUGAGAAGCGAAAGUCUCUGUACCAACUUUUUUCUCCAUACUCCUCACCAAACCAAUACAAAAUUUACUAAAGAAUUCCACCACUCUUAGAAUCUUCUCAUGGACUUGGAUCUGAAGCAAUGGCGAGAUCAUCACUCUCAACCAACGUCUUCUGCACUCCCUUUGUUUCUCUCUGAGCCCAACAGAAAUCUGUCAGCAUUUCUUUCUGAUCAUACAACUAGAAUCCCCAGCCCCAGUCCCAGGAUGGAGAGCUAUUUCAGCUCCUCUCAAUGGCAGGAACUGGAGCUUCAGGCCUUGAUUUUCAGACAUAUGAGUGCCGGAGCUGAUAUUCCUCCUGAACUUGUUCAUCUCGUCAAGAAAAGCCUCAUCGCUUCCCCAUUUUAUCACUAUUAUCCCCAUUUCCAGCCUUCUUUGUUGCAGUCUGGGUAUUGGGGGCGGGCGGCGAUGGAUCCGGAGCCGGGAAGAUGCAGGCGGACCGACGGCAAGAAGUGGCGGUGCUCGAGGGACGUGGUGGCCGGCCAAAAAUACUGUGAGCGCCACAUGCACCGCGGCAGAAACCGUUCAAGAAAGCCUGUGGAAAAUCCCACAUCCGCCACCUCUCCCUACGCCGCCACCAGGCAACCUGCCCCUCCUCAAUUCACACUCUCCGUCCCUUCUCAUUCCUCCGAUCUUCUUCCUAGGCCUCUCCCGGACUCGCAAUUUGCGAGCGCUAAGGCCCCUUUCGAUGAUGAUCUGGGUAGUGGGAGGACGCUACGCCACUUCUUUAACGAUUGGCCUCCUAAGCCACUUCAUGACACGGCCACCACUACUAACUUGUCGAUCUCGAUGCCCGGGAAUGGGAACCCGUCGUCUGACUUCUCGUUGAAGCUUGGCACCGGUGAUGGGGAUAACACUAGUACUAGUCAACUAGAGGGGGGUGGUAAUGAAAGGGACAAACAUCAGUUAAACUGGGGGGUUACAUGGGGGACUAAUGCGGUCGCCCCAAUGGGAGGGCCCUUGGCCGAGGUCUUGAGGUUGUCGACUUCCAAUUCGUCACCAACCAGCGUUCUACAUCGCCCACGACCCCCGGCCUCCUCUGAAGCUAGCUAAUAAGGGUGGGGUGAGAAGAAAAAAUUGAUGCUGAGGAUUUCUUCCCCGACCUACGAGUCUCUCGUUGGUCGGGAAAGGACUAUUACCCGUAUUCGGGGUAGUGACAUUCUCACAACGAUUCUUGUUAUGUUUUUAUUCAUAUUUUCAUUUCAUUCCAAUUUCCGGUAUUAUUGCAUACCACUUUGAAGUGUUGCAUUGGCUUGUUUCCUUUUUUUUUUCCCACUUCUCUACCGUGUGCUUUUCUUGCUUUGUUUUUUUCUUGGCAUGUUAUUUUCAUCAACGUCUUUUCUGGAUUCA